AAAAAAAAAAAAAGGCUUCUCGAACCGUCUCUGACCUUCGGAACUCUCCAGCAAAAACGAGUCGUCACUAAAGAAAGCAAGAACACAUCCAGGCAAAAAGCCAUAUAAGUCGUGGUGCUCGAUUGUGAAAACGGUAUGCGCUUUUAUACCCACGAUCUCCGUGGCGAUCAAUUGCAGAAACCGACAUGCGGCGGUGUCCUGUUCUAUACCCUGCAACAUACAAAGUGAAGCCGAUCUUCUCAGUUCCAAGAUCCAAUGGAGGAGGCAAAGUUGUGGGAACUGUAAUGCCGAAGAAACAUGGGAAUGAGGGCAUCAAGGAAGAAGGAUCAAUGAAGAAAACAGAGGAAAUAUCUGAUCCGGCCGUCGCUUUCAGCAGACCGCCGCCACUCCCACCUUUCAUCGGACCGUUGCUUGCUCUGUCCAUUCUUGAAACAUGUUCUAGCCGCGAUGAAGACGACGACUAGUUAGAGGAGCUAUGUCCUGGGAUUCUUGGGUUUAGGUUUAUGUCUCUUAACCAGAAUGUAUAAAACUUUGCCUUUCAGAUGUCCAUGUGGAAAGGAAACUGUCGUGCUCUCUGUGACUCGAACACAAUGGUGUAAGCUUUUAACGUGUUCUGGGAUUGUCUGAAAUCUUGGCUGGAACUUCAAAAA